AAGAAACUCAAAAUUGUGAGUGCUCUAAUAUCAAUCAAAUCAAACCCGACAUAGUAGAAGGGGGGAGAAAACCAACAACAAUAACUUGUGAAAAGUGGAGAAUGGAAGCAGCUCGGGAAGACAAUGGACAACAGCCCGUCGGCGACGAUGAAGAGCCCAUGGUUGGGCCCGGCCCGGCGCCUCGUGCCCGGGCUAAACGUCCCCUGCAGUUUGAACAGGCUUAUCUCGACGCCCUCCCAUCCGCCAACAUGUAUGAGAAAAGUUAUAUGCAUCGCGAUGUGGUAACACACGUGGCUGUGUCAGCAGCUGAUUUCUUCAUAUCUGGGAGUUCUGACGGACACUUAAAGUUUUGGAAGAAAAAGGGCGUUGGGAUAGAGUUUGCAAAACAUUUUAGGUCCCAUCUUGGUCCAAUUGAGGGUCUGGCAGUUAGUGUAGACGGGGCACUUUGUUGUACGAUUUCGAAUGACCGCUCCGUGAAAAUAUAUGAUGUAUUUAACUAUGACAUGAUGGCCAUGAUACGCCUUCCAUUUGUUGCUGGUUGUGUCGAAUGGGUUUACAAACAAGGGGAUGUAAAGGCCAAAUUAGCUGUUAGUGACUGCAACUCUUCUGUAGUUAACAUAUAUGAUGCUCGAUCGGGUUCAAAUGAACCCAUGGCAUCUAGAGAGAUACACCUGGGCCCAAUAAAAUGUAUGAAAUACAACCACGAAUACGACACUGUGAUUUCUGCAGAUGAUAAAGGGAUUAUUGAGUACUGGAGACCUGCCUCACUCCAGUUCCCUGAAUCGGGGGUAACUUUUAGCCUUAAAAGUGAUACGGAUCUUUUUGCAAUUGUGAAAAGCAAGACUACUGUUUCUACUAUUGAGGUUAGCCCAGACGGGAAGCAAUUCUCAAUCACAUCCCCUGAUCGUAGGAUACGUGUAUUUUGGUUUAGAACCGGAAAAUUGAGGCGUGUGUAUGAUGAAUCACUUGAGGUAGUAGAUAACCUGCUUCUUGUCAUAUGGAUCCUAGGGAAGGUGGAGAACAAUGAUAGAUUCUUGCGAAUUGCUUUGUACCAAGGUGACCGAAGUAGUAAAAAAGUAAGGAAAGUUCCAGCUGCUGCUGCAAAUGUCAAUGAAAGCAAAGAGCCUCUGAUAGAUCCUACUCUCUUGUGUUGUGCUUUCAAGAAGCAUCGAAUUUACUUAUUCAGUCGGAGGGAACCUGAGGAACCGGAAGAUGCAACUAAGGGCAGAGACGUAUUUAAUGAGAAACCCCCUGCAGAUGAACUUUUGGCCGUAUCAGACAUUGGAAAAGCUGUAACAACAUCUCUCCCUGAUAAUGUGAUUUUGCACACUACCAUGGGUGAUAUUCACAUGCGGCUGUAUCCUGAAGAAUGCCCUAGGACGGUGGAAAACUUCACAACACACUGCAAGAAUGGCUAUUACGAUAAUCUGAUCUUUCACCGGGUCAUCAAAGGUUUUAUGAUCCAGACUGGAGACCCUCUGGGAGAUGCCUAUGAUGAUUCAAUGCCUGACUGUCAGUCAUUGAGUUUGCGGCAUGACAGGCCUUUCACAGUCUCAAUGGCUAAUGCUGGGCCCAACACCAACGGCUCCCAAUUCUUCAUUACGACUGUGGCCACUCCGUGGUUGGACAACAAGCACACUGUUUUCGGCAGAGUUGUUAAAGGGAUGGAUGUUGUACAGGGUAUAGAGAAAGUGAAGACAGACAAAGCAGACAAGCCGUACCAAGAUGUGAAAAUCCUUAAUGUGACCAUCCCAAAGUGAUGUACCCGGAUUGUUAAGCAAUUAUCGAGUUUACAGAUUUGUAGCAUUCUGAAGGCUCGGGCUCACUUGUGAUGUAGUAAUGGUUUUCAAGUUAGCCUUGCCACUGUUUCUUCCAUUUUUGACUAGUUAAGCACGAAGCAUCUAAAGAAGCUGCAAGUUUCGCUGCAAGUUUGUGAUUUAUUGCACUUUGACUAUUAUAGAGCAAAAGGGAAAGAAGAGAACCUGCUCAGGAUAAAUUUUAGCCUAGUGUUGGACCAGGUACUGGUGUUCUUCUUUUUUAUUUUUUUUUUC